CCAAACCCUUUGACCUGCUAUGCAUUACUUCUUCUACGGCCCCUAACUGAUACAACCAUUUGACCAGUCUCUUCAGAAGACCUUUGAAUUUGGUUAUAUUGUGAUUCAUUCAGAUAGAUCAUCCCAUAUCCUGCUGUAUUUUCAUUCCAAAAUCCUUCCUUUUCUGUGGCCUCCAAGAUGAACGACUUGCUCAGCUCCUCCUUUUCCCCCUCCGCCGAGGACAACCACCACCAUGUCAUCCAGAUGACGGAGCUGACUGACGGUGCCAACCUCGACAAGUUCUUCGAGGAAGUGGAUUCCCUCAAGAAGGAGCUCAACGAGCUGGAGCGCCUCAACCAAUCCCUCCGAAGCUCCCAUGAACAGAGCAAGACUCUUCACAACGCUAAGGCCGUCAAGGACCUCCGCUCUCGCAUGGACUCUGACGUCACCCUCGCCCUCAAGAAAGCCAAGCUCGUCAAGCUCCGCCUCGAGGCACUCGACCGCUCCAACGAACAGAACCGCAGCUUGCCCGGCUGUGGACCCGGCUCCUCUUCCGACCGGACUCGAACUUCAGUGGUCAACGGCCUGAGAAAGAAGCUCAAAGACUCCAUGGAGAGCUUCAACAACCUCAGGCAACAAAUUUCCACCGAGUACAGAGACACCGUACGGCGUAGGUACUACACGGUCACCGGCGAGAAUCCCGACGACAAAACCGUCGACCUCCUUGUCUCUACCGGGGAGAGUGAAAAUUUCCUGCAGAAAGCGAUUCAACAGCAAGGGAGAGCGAGCGUGUUGGACACGAUCCAUGAGAUUCAAGAGAGGCACGACGCGGUGAAAGAGAUAGAGAGGAAUCUGAAUGAGCUGCACCAGGUGUUCUUGGACAUGGCAGUGCUGGUCCAGGCGCAGGGGGAGCAGUUGGAUGAUAUAGAGAGCCACGUGGCAAGAGCCGAUUCGUAUGUGAGAGGAGGGGCGCAGCAGUUGCAUGUUGCGAGGAAGCACCAGAAGAACACGCGGAAAUGGACUUGCAUAGCCAUCAUACUGCUCAUCAUUAUUAUAUUGAUUAUAGUUCUCCCCAUUGUGUUGAGAAAAUGAGAUUUCACAUACAAUAUGGUUUGAUGUUCCUGGCGGCUACGAAUCAGUCAACUCACGCCUCCUUCCCCUUCUUCACCCUUGCAUUACAAAACUACCUUUUUUGUCUCUGUAUUCAUUAUGUCAAUUUUUUGGUCGUGUGUUGCUAUAUAGAUUAGCCAUUUAUUCUUAUUAAUACUACCUAUGUGUUUGAAGACC